CAGUGUGGUUCAGUGACGCAACCGCGGGGUUAAUCAUGGCGGCGAGGUGCAUGAGGCUGGCGCGGCGCAGCCUCCCGGCGUUGGCGCUGUCGCUCAGGCCUUCUCCUCGCUUGUUGUGCACAGCUACAAAACAGAAGAACAAUGGCCAGAACCUGGAAGAGGACUUGAGUCACUCUGAGCCAAAGACAGAUCCACCCCCUACAGAUAAGACAGAUCCACCCCCUACAGAUAAGACCCUCCUGGAAGAGAAGGUGAAGCUAGAAGAGCAGCUGAAGGAGACCACGGAAAAAUACAAACGAGCUUUGGCAGAUACUGAGAAUCUGCGGCAGAGAAACCAGAAGUUGGUGGAGGAGGCCAAGUUAUAUGGCAUCCAGGGCUUCUGCAAGGACUUGCUGGAGAUUGCAGACAUCCUGGAGAAGGCAACCCAGAGUGUUCCAAAGGAGGAGAUCAACAACAACCCUCAUCUGAAGAGCCUAUAUGAAGGGCUUGUGAUGACCGAAGUCCAGAUUCAGAAGGUGUUCACAAAACACGGCUUGCUCAGGCUUGACCCCAUUGGGGCCAAGUUCGACCCUUACGAACACGAGGCCUUGUUUCAUACCCCUGUGGAGGGGAAAGAACCAGGCACUGUGGCACUAGUUAGUAAGGUGGGCUACAAGCUGCACGGACGCACGUUGAGGCCAGCUCUGGUGGGGGUGGUGAAGGAAGCUUAGCUGCCCUUCUCAGGGCUCUGGACUUUGUAAGUCACUUGCUAGAACUUGAAGGGCAGGCUUGUACUUUCUCAUCUAUGAAUACAUCUGACCCUUGCCCAGCCUUGUUGGAAAUGUUAAGGAAGCUAAGCAGAACAUGAAGCUGCUUGCACACUGUGCUGGUCACUGGGAGCCUGGUCACUGAGUUUAGCACCACCUACUUGAGAAGAGGGCCGGCAGGGCCUCAGGAGUAGAGUGACUAACAUUGUAUCUGUUCUACCGGGUGACUGAUAAGUACUUUACACAAAUAAAAGGUCUUUGGCUACA